AUGACUGAAAAGGACAAAGAUAUGUCCUUGAGGUGUCACUGGGACGGUGAUUUCAGCACCUGGCCGGACUAUGUGAGAAAGGUCCGCUUGGCAUUUGAAAAGACGAGACGCCGUCGACGAGCACAACUUGGACCCGACCUGGUGUCCCAGCUCUCGGGACGUGCCUGGGUCGUCACGCAGGAGAUUGAUUACAAGGCCCUGACCCAGGCCAAUGGUGCUCGCUACUUGAUAUCCUUCUUGGAGGAACGCCUUGCUCGAGUUCCCAUCCCUGACGCUGGCUCUCAGGCUGAAGCUUUGCUGUUGCGGCUACGCCGCAUGCCAGGUACAUCCAUGGCAACGUGGUGCGCUCAAGUCCGAGAGCAGUACCGGAAGCUGCAACGAGCUUUGAAGCGUGCUCGAGGAGAUCUCCCUGAUUUGAAGGGUGUUGGGACUACAUCCUUGACAUCCUCGAGGGCACGUUCAUCUCCCGAGCCAGCAGCUGAAGAAGGGACUGAAGCUGAGGAAGCUCAGCGAGCUGCUGAAGAUGAGGAAGAAGAUGAAGAGCCGCCUCCCCCGAGAUCUCCUACUCGCCACUCCUCAAAAGGUGGCAAAUCUGGAAAAGGCAAAGAGGACUACCACUCUCCUUCCAGGGGCUCACGUUCUGACCCGUCUGACAGCGAGGAGGACCCCGAGAAUGACCACUUUUGGGACGACCUGGAUGUUGGCCUUCCUGAAGUGCUUCCUAGUGAACUGAUUGGCUGGAUCAUGCUGCGCAAGUCCUCCUUGAACGCAGCACAGCGUUUGAAUGUCCUCUCAAGCAUUGGCAACUCUUUGAAGGCCGACGACAUCGAGAAGGGCUUGAGAGGAGCAGAAGACGAGCUUCGUGUUGUGGAAAAAGAGCGCGAAGGCCGUCCAAAAGGCCAUGGGAAAGGUAAGACCCGUCCGCAGUUCUGGGUUGAGUAUGAGGGCGAAUGGGGCCUCAUGCUCACUGGUGAAUGUGAAGACGAAGACCUCCUGGAGAAUGACAUCCAUUGGCUUGGUGGGAUGUCCUAUGACCAGGUCUUUCAGACUUCAACCUGGGAGAGCUCUUCGACCUCGCGACCUGAGAUUGAGGAGACCUUUGCAGCUGAUGAUGGUACUUGUGGUGGAACUUGGAAGCCGAUGGAAUCGAAGCCCAUUGUGGAAGCCUAUGCGGCCUAUGAAGAGAAGAUCAGGUCUUUUCAAGACAGCCGCCGUGCGACCCAUGCCAAGAAUGCUUCUCGAGGCUUCUUCCCCAAAGGCAAGUUCAAAGGCAAACCAUCUUUUGGAAAGAAAGGUGGAAAAGGAAAAGGGCUUGGUUCGAGACCUUCAUCAUCGACUUCGCCUAUGGCAUCUUCACCGGUGAUGGCCAUCCAAGGUGGCGGAAAGCCGGGAUCCCCUGGCUACCAAGGUUGCUUCAUUUGUGGAGCAAAAGAUCAUGACUACCGCUCGUGUCCUCGUCGGUCACGGAGCGGCAAAGGUGGCAAGGUGUUCAUGGUGAUUGAUGAGCACGAAUCUGUGGAGACCUUUGUUUGCCACCCUCUUUCACAUCCUGAGCGGCCUCUGGAGAUCAUGGUCGCUGAUGAGAUUGGAUCCCCAGAGGUGGAAGGGUAUGGAGUGCUCGACACAGGAGCGACAGAGACUGUUUCAGGGUUGGCUGCCCUAGAAUGGAUCAUGCGCAAACGGCACCAGUCAGGAUCUGAUGCCGAUGGAUUCAAGGUGGUUGAUGUACCCAACAAGAUGUUCAAGUUCGGCAACGGCAUGCCCCAGAAGUCUGAGAGUAUGAUUCUUUUGCCUCAGCGUUUGGGCAACCACCGCCUGUCGCUCGGCAUUUACACCUUGGAAGCUCAAGGUGUCCCUGUUUUGGUUGGCAUUCGCACGCUCACCAAACUCGGUGCGCUCAUUGACUGUGGCAGAUCUGCCAUGGUCCUGACGGCGAUUGAUGCCUCCCUCCUUGUUCCAUUGAGGAAAUCCUCUUCGGGGCAUUUGGUGAUGGACCUCAGCCAUGACUGGUUGAGUGAGGGCACCCGUAUCCUCUUCACGACCGACACUGCACCAACGAAGUCCGAGGAAUACAUGUGCUCGCAGCCUUCUCCGUCGUCGUGUUUCAUGAUCCAUGAGUCAGAACAGUCUUCACAUGCCGCCACUUCGAGUUUGUCGGUUUUGCUUGAUGAUUUUGAGUUGGACAUGUACAAGAGUCUUCACGGGCACGCUGCAGAUGAGUUUUUGAGUGAAUGUUUUUCAGUUCGUUUUUCUUCGACCACCUCCACUUCUUUGAGACCACCCUUGACCACUGGAGCGAAUGACGCUGACCUUGAGGCUCAAGAGACAUCAAUGUCGUGGAAGGCUCUGACCCUUCUGGCCUCCACCGCGGUCAACUUCGCCUUGCUGGGUAGCCAUGUCCCAAGCUGCUGCUUCGAAGGCCAAGAGCCCGCCAGCGGCCUCCACCAAGGAGAAGAAGAAGGCUACGUCCAGCAAGGACGACAGGCCGGUCCCCUGCCGGAGGACACGAAGCACCAGAUCGAGGAACUUGGAGAGAAGGCUCCAUACAACCCCUUGUUGAAGAAUCAGGCAGUGGGCCUGGACGGAGCCGAGCGUUCCUUGCUCACCAAGCUCGAUCACAUCCGGGCUCGCAAAGCAGCGGCAGGGUACUAUGCUCCUCCAACUCCGAGCACCAUUGUGACCUCCAGUCCGGGAACACCUACGGCAACAGAGAGGGCAUCUCCAGCAGAUGCAGAGGAACUCUCACAGGUGCCUGGGAGCAAAUCCCGUCGAGCUGCAGAUCUUCCGGCCGAGCAGGUGGAGUACGAGGAUCGAUCUCACCGAUCGUGGUCGCCCGUGAGUCCUCCCUCCGGGGGAGGAGAAGCCAGGUUUUUGAAGAAUGCCCAGGUUCCACCGAAUGUCAAAGUCCCUCCGAACCAGUUCAAGACUGAGAAUGCCCAUGGCAUGAAGGUGGGAGAAGCAUUUGAUUCCUUCUCAGCAGACGGACUACAACCUGGUGAACUUGAAGGUGAAGAUCGCACCAUGACUCCAUUCCCACGAAAGGAGUUCGCUUUCGUGACGGAAGCUAUGAAUGAGCUGGUUGAAGAAGGCGAUAUGAUCUUCAAAGCUCAUGGCGGAAUCACGUCCCUGGAGCAAUGGGACGUCAUGGAAUUGUGUUGUGACCCCACCAGCUUGUUGACCGCGGAAGUUAUCAGGCAAGGUGGGCGAGCAGGGCGUGCUGGGUUACACAACCAAUGUGACCUGACAAAGCCUGAGGGAGUUGAGCGAACUUUGGCACUACUUCGCCAACAUCGACCACGUUGGAUUUGGGUCAGCUUUCCUUGUGGCCCUACCUCGGCAGUUCAAGCUCUCAAUGAACGCACCCCUGAAGGAAAAGUCAAGAGUGCCUACCGGAAAAGGCAUGCGAGAAAAGUUCUUCGAGGUGGACUACGAGUUCUACAAGAACACCUCUCCAUGGAUGGCGAGAUCGCCUGGGAAUGGCCGAGAUUCAACAAGGCAUGGCAACUUCCUGAAGUGGUUGCAUUUUGGGAGGCUCUUCAUCAAUGUGACCGUGCUCACGAAGUGCUUGGCGAUGGCUGCAUGUUUGGCCUCACGUCUCCAGAUGGCCCUGUGAAGAAGCCAUGGAGGUUUAUGACCACAAGAGCACGAGCCUUGGCUGGUUUGGCAAGACUUUGUGAUGGUUCGCAUCACCAUGUCCCUUGCCUUGGACAACGUGCUCGGGCCUCCGCCUACUACACCAAGCAGUUGUGCCACAUUGCGGUCAAAGGCAUGCUGGAACCCUCCGAGCUCAUUGGAGGGAUUGUUGAAGUUGAGCCUGAUCCCCAGGUGUUGGAGAAGCUCACACCUCAGGAACUACAACAUCUCAUGGAGACAGUGCGCAAGCUUCAUCGUCUCUGCGGCCAUCCAAACAACCGUGCCUUGCUGAAGCUCCUACGUGCAAGAGGAGCCAGUGAAGAACUCAAAGCCGCAGCUCUACAGUUGGCUUGCCCUGAAUGUCAAGAAAGCAGAACGGCAACGCCUGCCACCAAGGUGUCUUUAGAGCGAGAGGAUACCAUUUGGAAGACACUUCAAAUGGACGCCUUCUACUUCAAGCAUGCUAAGCAGGUGCAUCACUUCCUCCUCCUGCUCGAUGAGGCUAGCUCCUUUGCCGUGGUGAGAGAGAUCAAGGUUCACCACGAAGAUGAAUCUGAGAACAUCUCAACCCCAGAGGUCAUCACUGCUCUGGAGGAAUCUUGGUGUCAAAUCUUCGGCUACCCGGCACGCAUUAGAUGUGAUGCUGAAGGGGCAUUUCGCGGCACAGCUCUCGCAAUGUGGUGCUCCGAGCGUGGCAUUGAGAUGACUCAUGUUCCUGCUGAACAUCAUGCCGCCACAGGAGCUGUUGAGAAAGCCAUUGGAGAGCUUCGCUGGAAGAUGGAAACCUUUCUCCGGAACGAGCCUAUUGAACCUCGACGUGCUGCAAGUGCGAUGGUCCAAGCUCACAACCAUGUGGUUCGCGUGGGUGGUUUUGCUCCUGCGCAAUGGGCAUUUGGGCGAUCGGAGAGCGUGUCAGUGAAUCCUGCAGUGGCAUGCUCCGAAGGAACACCUGGACACGCUAUGGCUGAAAGUCUGAGGCUCCGAAUUGAAGCAGAACAUCUUCACAACAAGCUCAGUGCUGAUGCUCGCAUUUCGCGAGCGAAGAACAGUCGCUCAAAGCCUGCCCGACAGUUCUUGCCUGGAGAUGUUGUCUACUACCAGCGCCAUAAAGUUCCUCGACGUGCUCCUGCCAACGAGGAUGUAGACAUGCCCCGCAUGCGGAUUGCUCGCUGGUAUGGGCCGGCUAGAGUCUUGGCCUGUGAGACAAGGGUGGACAGUUCCAGCACUUCUCGAAUGCCCUCAAGCGUUAUUUGGUUGGUAAGCUGUGGACGCUUGCUUAAGGCUCACAUCGACCAGAUUCGGCAUGGCAGUGAACGAGAAUUGCUGAUUGCCAACUCCUCUGGCACGAUGGCCAUGCCAUGGACCUUUACGAUGAUGAGCACUUCACUCCAUAAGGGCGCCUUUGAGGACCUCACAACUUCGAAGGCUGAGCGAUUUGAAGCCAAAAGGAGACAAACCUUUCGCCCAUCUCACCAAGAUGGCAAGAGGCUGAAAACUGUAAGAGAAGAGGAAGAACCUGAUGAUCCUGCCAGCUCCUCGUCUGAAGAACUUCUUCCUGACUCGGAGGUGCACAUGGAUCCAACUUUGAAAGAAGGAAUGCACCCCGACGAUUCAGAUGAGCUGGACAUAGAGCGCUUGCUGAACGACCCCUCCUACAUGCCACUUCAUCCUAUCGAACCUCCUGACGCUCCCAUGGAAGAAAGCAGAGCUUCUGCUGAAAAGAGCUUCCAGCAUCAGAGGAAGCGGCAUGAGAUGGAGGACAGACCACACCAUGCCAAGUUCCCGAAGAAGUACCAAGACCCUGACCUGAUUGGCUGGUGCUCCAACAUGGAGAAUGACUUCAUCCUGUCGGUGACCAUUGAUGCACCGGCCAAUGAAGAUGAGUGGAGGCAGAUCUUGAAGGAGCCAAAGAAAUUUACCUCCAAAGCAGUCAAGAAGGGCUGCGAAGUGGGCUCCGAAUCUCAACGGAGCCGAGGAGUGUUUGCGCUCCCUGUGAAGGAGCUUGGUGACAAGAUGAAUUGUGGCCCCAAGGACACCGUCCGCCUUUUGCGAGCUGCCUACGGCCUUGUUUCAGCACCCCGUGAGUGGUAUCGUGAUGUCGACAAGAUUGCGACGACCACUUGUGGCAUGCAUCGACUGGUUUGCGAGCCAUGCCUGUGGGUGUGCAAAGAUGAACAUGGCAAAGUCCAGGGCGCCGUUGCCAGUCAUGUUGACGACUUCAUUGUCACCGGCAACGAAGACAAUGCUUUGUGGCAUGAAACGCUACAGAAGUGGGAACCAGAUCCCUAUCUGCAUUGUGGAGUGGAAAUCCAUCAACAGAGCAACUAUAGUUUCCACCUGGACCACUCCCAGUAUGCCUCCCAGAUCAAGCAGAUUGACUUGGACAAGUCCACCACUGAGGGGACCCUUUUGCCUGGUGCCUUUGAAGGCACACGCGCUACGUGUUUUUGCACUGGCCGCCAUACGCUGGCGGCACUUGCUCGACGACCUUCGAGCGCUACUCGGCGCUUGGACCACGGAAAAGAUCGCUUUGAGAGCGCCUUUGACUUCGACCUGUUUUUGCUUGCUUUGUCGGUGGUGGUCCGCAUCCACCUGUUGUUUGGGCUACCAGUAUCACACUGA